UUAUAACCUACAGUCUGCGGAACACUCAACCUUACAACCCAACUAACUCGACAUAGUGUCAACAAUGGACAAAAACCUCUAUCGAACAAGUAUCCGAAACAAUAUGGAUUAUAAAGGCGACGGUAGCGAUUGUAAAGAGGGGAAAGUGCAACCCAGUACAGAGGAACGGUUGGAUAGCGGCCUGGACUCACUGAAAGAAGAGGAAUAUCAAGAGGUGGCAGGGGAGCUCGAGAGGCUUCGGGUGGACUGUGCUCCGCAGAAGCAGAGACCUGAGAGGCACGAUGGCAGUCAGGAUUUUUGGAAGAUGCAAGUUUCAGAAGACGGAGAUACACUUCUACACCUGGCCAUUAUCCAUGAAGCCAAGGACUGUGCGAAGAAGAUGAUCCAGUUGUCCCGUAAUGAACCCUUCCUUAACCAACAAAACUACCAGAGACAGACAGCCCUCCACCUGGCGGUAGUCACAGAGCAGCCUGAGCUGGUUGACUGUCUUCUGGGGGCGGGGGCAGACCCCUCCAUGGUGGACAUGGGGGGUAACUCCCCUCUCCACGUUGCCUGCCGCAGGGGCUCGUUGGCCUGUUUCAGCCUGCUCACACAGACACGCCCGGGCUCUGGUUCCAACCCUGGCGCCAACCAGCUAGCGCACAUUAUGGCUACAAAUAACUACAGUGGUCAGAACUGUCUACACUUGGUCUCCCUGCAUGGCUUCCUGUCGCUGGUGGAGAACUUGGUUGCUCUGGGGGCUGAUAUCAAUGCUCAGGAGCAGUGUAAUGGUCGUAGCUCCUUGCACCUGGCUGUAGACCUACAGGAUCUGGACCUGGUUCGACUGCUGCUCCGCAAGGGAGCCAAUCCCAACAGUCUCACCUACGGAGGACACAGCCCCUACCACCUCACCUACGGUCGCCAUAACGACACCAUCAGACAGGAGCUGCUCGGGCUAACCAAUCCUGAGCUGAGGGAGCUGCCCGACAGCGAAUCAGAAGACAGCGAGGAGGAAGAGGAUGGCCAGUCGGAAGAGGAUGAGGUGGAGUAUGAUGACAUCCAGUGGAACGGUCAUUAGCAGUAAGUAGGAAGUAGGCCCUGGAAGCUCCAGCAAACCACAGCAUGAAGAUGAUGUCACAUCCUGGGGCCAGUUGCUGGCAAUGUACGGCGGGCAUGUUCAGUCAGUGCUGAUGCGCAGCGUGGACAGAUGGCACAGAACGGACAGAUGGCAUGACCUCGGACAGACUAUGAGUGAUGGAAAGCUGUGUGAACCAAUGAGACUUUUCGUGUCAACGUGUCAAUAAAUCAGUGGAUGUGCUAUAACAUGGUCGUAUGGUUCUGUGAGAGAAACCAGAGUGUACAUCAUCCUUGUGUUUUGGGGACACCCUCAUGUAUCAUAUUGUAAAUGUAUAUGUAAAGAUUUAUUUUUUUAUAAAGAAAAGUGUACAUUUGUAAAGACGUUGUAAAUGUCCUUUGACUUGUGAAGGAGACGAGUCACACACACUCAAGUAAAUUAAAACAGAUAUAUUUAACAUCCGG